UCAAGAACUCUGAAGCGUGUCAACAAUGAUCAUGAAGGAUCUCCCAUAGCCAGGGCCAGAAAUUCUGUGAAACGGCGUAGAAUCAUCGUUUCGUCGGAUGAAGAAGAUGAGGGCGAGAAUGUCUUGGCUGUGAGGACUCCCCCUUCGUCACUGAAGAACGCGCCCUCUACUCCAUCAUCGACAGCACCAGAGAUUUCUACGCCGAAGACUGUGAGAGGACUACGACCGUUAAAACCGUGCACGACCCCAUUAUCAACUGCUGCGGCUGAAUCCUUCAUUGACUCUUUCUGUGUCGGCGAAGAUGACUUGAACGCAUCCACCGCAUCAGUCGACACUUUGGAUCGUACCAUAUACCAGGUUGACGUGAACGAUCGCAAACCCAAAAAAGAAGAUUUGACAGGGGAUGAAAGCGGGAACCAGAGAAAAUUCGCGAUGCGCAAGGUCUAUACGUCCGAGGACCGAACCGACGACUAUGACGCCGACGAAGCUUUUCUCACGUUCAAUGGUGGAACUUCAAGUAGCAAAAAUUUUGACACUCUGCUAUUUUUCAAAGUUGGAAAAUUUUACGAAACAUUCCAUAUGGAUGCUGUAAUAGCCGUCGAAUGUUUAGGGCUCACAUUCAUGCGGGGCGCCUAUGCUCAUGCAGGUUUUCCUGAGGCCGCCUAUGGUAAAUUCGCCGAUCAGUUGGUGUCCCGCGGAUACAAGGUCGCACGCGUAGAACAGACCGAAACACCGCAGCAGUUGGAAGAACGCAAUCAAAAGGCGCGCGGAGCGAAGGAGAAAGUGGUUCGUCGGUAA